AAAAGGUUGCCUUGAAUUAAAACGCGCAUAAGAGGUAGAGUUCCCGGCAUGGACAACCAUCAAUCUCGCCGGUAGCAAAAGAAGUUUUGCGUUUUCAUAGACUGUGUGGUUCAAAAUGAGAUAAGUGAUUGUUACAGAACAUCCUGUGCCCAUACAACAUGCCUGGAAGGCCCCAUGAAGAAAUGCUCCUUGGCGGGCUUGCAGCUGUUGGAGCAGGUUUUUUCACCAAUCCCCUCGAAGUUGUAAAAACACGUAUGCAGCUGCAAGGUGAACUUAAAGCAAGAGGACACUAUGCUGUUCAUUACCGCAACUCUCUUCAUGCCAUUUACACUAUAUUCAAAAGUGAUGGAAUCAUUCGACUACAGAGUGGACUGGUUCCUGCCCUGUGGUACCAGUUGUUUAUGAAUGGGAUGAGGUUAGGUUCAUACCAGAUCAUGACUAAUUUAGGACUAUUAAAUGGAAGUGAUGGUAAAGUCAGUUUUAUAAAGAGUAUAUUAGGUGGAGCUUCCGCUGGCUGUGUUGGGGCAAUAGUUGGAAGUCCAUUUUAUAUGGUAAAAACACAACUUCAGAGUAGAUCAGCUAGUUCUAUUGCUGUAGGGUACCAACAUGGACAUGGGAGCAUGGUUGAAGGAUUUUCUGGUAUCCUUAAGGAGCAUGGUAUUGGAGGCUUAUGGAGAGGAGUAACUGGUGCCAUGUUAAGGGUAAUGAUAGGAUCUGCUGCUCAACUCACAACUUUUUCUACUGCCAAAGAAUAUAUACUUAGUUUGAAGGUAUUCAGUGACACAUCCAUUCUCAUUCCGUUCUGUUCUAGUAUAGUUAGUGGUAUUGUAUUGACAGUGUUCAUGACUCCGCCUGAUGUAAUGUGUACUCGUUUAUAUAACCAAGGAGUAGAUGCUAAUGGAAAAGGACUGUAUUAUAAAAACCUUCUAGACUGUGGCGUCAAAAUCAUGAAAAAGGAAGGACCAUGGGGUUUUUAUAAAGGCUGGGGACCAUCCUUUUUAAGGAUUGCUCCUCAUUCUGUUCUUAGUUUGAUGUUUUGGGACCAGUUGCGAAAAACAUAUGAAAAACGUUAUCAUAAACAAAUAGAAAUUGAUAUUCCAGAUUCUGUUAAAUCCUCAGAAUAGGUGUUCUAAAAGUGGUGUGACUAGGAAGAUGUAUUAUUAAUCAGAUUUUUACAAACGGGUGAUCUUGAUUUCCUUAUUUAUAGGUCUUUAUAUGUUUUUUUGCCCUACCUGCAUCAGUGGGGAGGUAUUGUGUUGUCUAAGGCCAGGAUUUUUUAAUUUGUUGGUUUACGGAUCCGCCCACCCGAUUUUGCCGAUUUCCAAAAUAAAAAUAAAAUCGAAUUUUCAGGCUUUUUUUUAUUCUCGCCGACCCUAACAAAUGCAUUAUCCCUGAAAAAUAAUUAAAAUAUCCUUUUUUAUGAAAUGAAAUGCAUUAAUCACUAACAGAAGUGAUGACACUUUCUGUUGAGAAAAAUGAAACUUUCAGUUUACGUUUCUAAAAAUAGACAAAUCAAUUAUUAAUGACCUUGAAAUGUCGUUUGCGCAAAUAAUUUUGCGGAACGAAACCUGUGUUUAAAACCAAUUACACAAUAAGUUCGUUUCCCUUAUUUGUCACCAGUCCGUAAGAUGCAUGUUCUCAUAUAAAUAGACUUGUCCAAAUGUGGACAGGUGGAAGUUCAAGACAUCAAGUUAAAAUACUGAAUUUUAACAAAUCAUUUGAUAUUUUCUUGUUUUACAGAUAAUAAAAAAAUAUCGUCCAUUUGGAUAAAAAAACGGGAAUGCAUGAUAACAGAUUAUUUAACCUGAUAUUCUCGUUUUUCCACUGGACGAGUCUAUUACAUUUUUGACACGUGUGUUGAAACUUAUUUUCAUACGACGUCUGGACUAGUUGAUGCUUCUAUGUCUGGACCAUUUGCAAUGGUGCUUGUACUUUUGGUAUUGUAAUAAAUGUCGACACGUGACCAUCUCGUGAUUUUUCAUACGAAACAGAAGCAUUGCUGUUAUCUCCAAUUCCACUAUCGGAUUCUUUAUUGUCCGGUUCUUGUUCAAACAAUGAAUAUCGUAUAUUUAUUUCUGACAUCUCGCUGGAAGGGCGACAUUUUUUUUCUUUAUCAGUUUUCGUGCUUAUUAUUUUUCACCAAGUUUUGAUUAAAAGCUAAGUCAAAUAACUGACGUGAAUCUGUUUUUCUUGUUUGUGAAAUGACGAUUUAAUUUCGUCUUUGUCAGUGUACCCCCCCUUUUUUACGGGAAAUUAUUAUUGAAGAUUGAAAUUAUUAGACAAUGUCAUGCGAUGUUUACAGCUGAGCAAUAAUAUUUCAUCAAACUAAAAUUUAAGAACGAUAAAAAAAUAGUAUGACAAACAUAUUAUUAGAAAGGUGAAAUAUAUUUUUAUUUUGCAUAUGUUUUCUGUCUUGAAAGAU